GGGGGGCGGGGCGUGCUGGCCGGGUAAAUACCCGCGCGCGCGGCCUCCGGGGCGGCUCUCAACUCCGACUCUUGGUUCGCCUGCUCUCACUACCGCCGCUGUCUCUCCGGACUCCCGGCCGCCCCCUUCCCGGGCCAGCUCUCUGUCGUGGCCCCUCGCCCGGGGUCUUUUGCCUAAUCCAUCUCGGGGCACGCCUGAUCGGCCCCGGGGGCAGCGAAACCGGAGGGGACACACGCCCGGGAAGCCCCUUUGUGGACUUCACGACCGCCAACAUCUGGGCGCAGCGCGGGCCACUGCUGGCCGCCGCCUCGCCUUGGGGACCGUAGGAGGCGCAGCCCCAAGGCCGGAGACUUCGCUUCGGGACUAGCACCCCGGGAUGCGGUAGCGGCCGCUGUGCGGAGGCCGCGAAGCAGCUGCAGCCACCGCCGCGCAGAUCCACGCUGGCUCCGUGCGCCAUGGUCACCCACAGCAAGUUUCCCGCCGCCGGGAUGAGCCGCCCCCUGGACACCAGCCUGCGCCUCAAGACCUUCAGCUCCAAGAGCGAAUACCAGCUGGUGGUGAACGCCGUGCGCAAGCUGCAGGAGAGCGGAUUCUACUGGAGCGCGGUGACCGGCGGCGAGGCGAACCUGCUGCUCAGCGCCGAGCCCGCGGGCACCUUUCUAAUCCGCGACAGCUCGGACCAGCGCCACUUCUUCACGCUGAGCGUCAAGACCCAGUCGGGGACCAAGAACCUACGCAUCCAGUGCGAGGGGGGCAGCUUUUCGCUGCAGAGUGACCCCCGGAGCACGCAGCCAGUGCCCCGCUUCGACUGUGUACUCAAGCUGGUGCACCACUACAUGCCGCCGUCGGGGGCCCCCUCCUUCCCUUUGCCACCCACGGAACCCUCCUCUGAGGUGCCGGAGCAGCCACCUGCCCAGGCACUCCCCGGGAGCACCCCCAAGAGAGCUUACUACAUCUAUUCAGGGGGGGAGAAGAUUCCGCUGGUACUGAGCCGACCUCUCUCCUCCAACGUGGCCACCCUCCAGCAUCUCUGCCGCAAGACUGUCAACGGCCACCUGGACUCCUAUGAGAAAGUGACCCAGCUGCCUGGACCCAUUCGGGAGUUCCUGGACCAGUAUGAUGCUCCGCUUUAAAGAGCAAAGGGGUCAGAGGGGGGCCUGGGUUGGUCGCCUCUCCCCGGAGGCACAUGGCACAAGCACAAAAAUCCAGCCCCGAUGGGCGGUCGCUCCCAGUGAGCCUGGGGCGGAAGGCUUCUUCCUGGGGCCCUCUGCUCCUCAGAGUGGGACAGGCAGGACCUGGAAUGUGUCUGAGGGGAGGGAGAGUUGCCACCUGCUUUCUCUCCCUCAGCUCCAGCUUCUCUCUGGAGAGUCCAGCUGGCCUGCUGGGACAAUAGCAUUGACAAGUGGACUCUCUUCUCCCCUGCCUCCACACCCCCUUCUGCUUCCUUCCCAAGGGAGAGGGGGGAGACACCUCUAAGUGCUGGACUUACGAGAACUGCGAGGGGAAUCUUCAAACUUUCCCACGGAACUUGUUUGCCCUUUGAUUUGGUUUAAUCCUGAGCAGGCGCCAGGCCUGGGGGAAAGAUGGAAGAGAAGAGGGUGUGUGAAGGGUUUUCAGCUGGCCAAAGAAAUGACCACUCCCACUGCCCAGCCUAGGUGAGGAGUGGUGACUUCUGCCUCUAGGGAGAGAGGCAAGGAAGGGGUGACCUUAAAAGAGCCAUUCUGGUGCCAGGCUCCUCUCCCUUGGGGCAGCUAAUGAAACCUCCCAGAUAGAUCCCAAAGCCCCUUUGUAAGGAGGCAGAGGCUUUUGGAAGGGAGAUGGAUGAGGCUGGUGGUUGGCCACCUUUUCCAACACCAGAGGGAGGCAGGUAAACAGAUGAGCUGCCUUGGAGCCCAGGUUUCCUUAGAGCGGAUGGGGCUUCUACUUUGUUUCUCCUGUGUCAGGCUGGGAGACUUGCCUUAAAUGCCCUCUGUCCCAUGGAUGGGGAUUGGCACACGAGGAGCCAAACACAGCCAACAGGCAGAGAGUUGAGGGAUUCACCAGGUAGCUGCAGGCCAGGGGAAGUGGGUGCAGGGAGGAGAGCCAGUCACUCAGACUUAUUGGUGAGUGCUGGGAAGAAACUGGCCAGUCCUCUUGGUCAGGGGGAUCAGCAGGUCCCGGGUCCUUAAGGCCCUGCACAACCUUACCCCUUCUCACCUGGGGGAGGGGAAGGUGAUGGAGAAGCCUUCAGGGGCUGCCCAUGGUGGCCACUCACAGGAAUGCAGCAGCCAUGGAAUUAACCUGGAGCUGGUCUUGUUUUGGGGAGAAACAACAAAGUUUUCUGAGUCAGGUAUGGGGCUGGGUGGGGCAGCUGUGUGUUGGGGUGGCAUUUUCUCUCUGUUGUUUUUGAAUAAUGUUUACAAUUUGCCUCAAUCACUUUUUUAAAGAUCCACCUCCAGUCGCCCCUACUCCCCACUCAGGCCUUUGAGGCUGUUUGAAGAUGCUUGAAAAACUCAACCAAAUCCCAGUUCAACUCAGACUUUGCACAUAUAUUUAUAUUUAUACUCAAAAAGAAACAUUUCAGUAAUUUAUAAUAAAGAGCACUAUUUUUUAAUGAAAAAAAA